AUGCGGCUGUUUGAAAAUUCAUUCUUAGUGAGGCUCGACUUAAGCUCCAUGGAUUUACAGCAGCAGUCAAAAGGCAGCAUGGAAUAUUACCACUCUCUGAGAGGGAAGCAGCUUUACAGACAGCUCCUCAGAAAUGCCUCUGAGGGCCUGUCCUUUUCUCAAGAUGUCAUGUGGGAAAUGGGGGCGGAUGGCAUUUCAUACAGUAAAGCUGACUUCAGCUGGCUUUUCCGUGCUACCGGACCUUUGGCACCAGGCGCCAAACCCAAGAGCAGAAAGAAAGCAGCAACGAAGGUAUCACCGUGCCACAUAGGUCACAAAGCACAGGAGAAGGAGAAAGACUUGAUGGGGGUUCCACUACCAGUCUUGCCACCAUUACAGACCACACAUUACAACUCACUCACUAAUAAGGAGUCAUUUACAAUUCCCAGCCAACAAGGUGGGAUGUUGGUCUCCUUUAAAGGGACAGAAUUGAGACGGGCCUCAAAUGUGUACAGCUGCCUCAAACAAGAGACUGCAGGGGUCCAGGAGGAGCAUAGCAGGAACAACAAGUGGAAUGAGUUUGUGCUAAAGAAGCUGACAAAGACCACUGCCCAGUGGAUUAUCAGCCAGCAGAUCCCCAAACAGAGUCAAUACAAAGCAGGCCUGCAGUCACUGCUGAAGGAUCAGUAUGGGUCAGCUAGUGCCACAGACCUGGUGACCGACGAGCCCAUGCGUGAGAAAGACUUCUGUGGGUUCAAUGAUGCACCUAGACCCAGCUCAGAACCCAAAUGUCUGCAGAGCAGCAAGGCCAAGAUACCUUUACCAGUUUAUUACAGGAUACAGGGUUAUGUUGUCUCACCAGUUUGCACAGACGAGCAAGGUGGGUUUAACCAGACGGCGAACACUGUGACCGUUAAACAUGUGGAGACCCCAAAACCUCCUCGACUGCAGGACAGCCUGAACCCACGUGCUGGAAAAUAUGUUUAUUACACUGAGAAUGACUUUGAACAGGAACUCUACUCAGGAAUAGCCAAACAAGUACAUCAACGAGACAGAGGAAAUGAAGACCGCAUCAUUUUGGACAAUAACUCAGAGUACCAAAAGAACCUCCAGGAGUUGUUUCCAUGUGGCCCAGAGAAGUGGACACAUGUGACUGAAGCAAAGAUGGGUAGGGUGGAGAAAGGGGUGCGGCGGUGGGUGGACCUGCCCACCAGAGCUGAUUAUGGUACAGAGCUGGGGCUCAGGCCUCCUGAUUACAGUGGACAAGCCACAGAGGUGCCCAAACAGCAGGUUCACUAUAACCUGAUACCGGAGCUGUCUUCCCUCCGCUAUGCAGUGGAGGAGUGGAGAAAUGCCUGGAAGAUCAAGAUUACCUGGCAGAGUGUCACUGUUGAGGGCUUGAAGAAGGCUCUUACUGACCUGCACUACCAUGUGCGGCUGGCAGCCAUUGCUACCUGUGCAUCGGGUGCAGUUCAUAGACCACAAGAGGAGCUGGCUGCAAGUGAAAUAGCUCUGCAUGGUCGAGGAUGGGAAGUGGAGCCAGUGCCUCCAGAACUGCAGCCCCUUCUCCUCUCUGCUCUCAGUGACCCAGUGAAGAGAGUUCAGAUGGCAGCGGCUGUGUGCCAGUAUGCCAUGGGUACAUCCAAUCCACAUGCACGGGACAUACUGCGAAAUGUUCUACACCAGGAUUCUUCAGGAAUGGGGGCAGACAGCUGGGUUGCCGCACAGUGUCUGGCGAUGGAGGGUGAGGCCAGUCGGUCUGUCGUAGAAAGACUGCUUUCUCAGCACUUUCUCAGCGAGGCUCCAGCAGACCAAGAUCAAGCUGCCACUUUGCUUUCCAGCAUUAGUAGCAAAACUACUCUAGUGCGUUCUCGGCUGGCAGAGGAAUUAAACUGUGGUAACUGGAAAACCAGAGUCCUGGCUUGCAACACCAUCUCACAACUCAAAUGCCAAAUGAACAAGGAUCUCACUAACAAGCUGAUCCACCUGAUGUGGAAUGACUGGAGCGGUGCAGUGCGUCAGGCAGCAGCACAGGCCCUGGGCAGACUGAACCUGGGCAGUGACGUACAUGAUGAGUUGAUAAUAAAACUGGAUGAGGGUCCAACUUCUAGGCGUGUAGAGGCACUGGUUCUUAUUGGUCAGCUGAAGAUAAUGACAGCCAAACUACUUCCUGCUUUCUUGGGCUGUCUGAUUGAUGACUUUGUGGUUGUACGCAAACAAGCCUGUUUGACUGCUGCCUCUCUCAUGCUGAAAGAUGAGAUGAUCAUGGAACAGCUCACUGAUUUAAUGCAGAAUGACACAUCAUGUGAUGUGAAGGUGGUAGCAAUCAGUGCUUUGGGGAAAAUUGGGUGCCUGACACCUGCGCUUGAGGAGCUCUUGCUAUGGGCACUACACCAUGAGGAAGAGCCCAGAGUGCGCAUUGCUGCCUGUGAGGCCCUGAAGACAUUAGGCGUAAAGGGUCCCAAGCUACAGCAUCUCCUGCAGGAGCGCUUUGUCCUGGAACCCAAUCCUCAGGUUCACAGGCACAUUGAAGCAAUGUUAAAAAGAUAUGGCUACAGUCUGGAAGGAGACAAAGGCAUGGUUUGCAGGAUAACAGACCAGGUACAACAACUGUGCUCCAAGAACAUCAUCACAGAGAAAGUUCUGCUACUGGAAGAGCUGACGCAGCUGCAGCAGCAUCAAAGGAGGUUGCUGGGACAAGAGGGCCAGCAAGGAACUUCAGUCUCGCCUGCACUACUACAGGAAAGAUUCACAGCACUAAAACACUUGUCAACAAGGAGUUUGUCAGCAUCAACAGAUGGUCCAGAUAAACAGGUACUUAUUACUGUGUAUAAUGGUGUUAUUUACACAUGCCUCUGAGAGGUGUUUUCCGUGUUGAAUUUAUGGACACAAC